CUCAGUUGUGCAUGGCUCAAUUUUCCACAGGAAUGUCUUAUAAUAACAAAUAACAAUCAACGCUACAUGUAGAAUGGACUAGAUCUACGAAAUGGCUAUGUUAUUGUCUCUCUUACCUAUGUUUCUGCUGCAAGGAGUAGCUUAUUCUCAAACGUUUUCCUUCAUUCAUUACUCUGGCAAUCUCCCAGGACUGCAAGUGGACUCCACUGGGAGAACAUUCCUCACUGGAGACAACUACCUGUAUAGACUGAAUCCUCAGCUAAUACAAGAAGAGAGAGUUGAUCUAGGAUCUACUGUCAUUGGCGAAGGACUGGCCCUGAGCUCUACUGGGAUGGUAGUGGUGUGUUUAGUGGAUCUUUCUUGCUCUGUCUACAAUGCAAGCAACCUCAGUGCUGGUCCUAUCAGGAGUGUCAGUAAUGCUAUAGUGGGAGAUCUUCGAUUUGGAGCAGCUAUGAUUGCGUCAGGAGACACUUUUUACACUGGAGGAUUGACAGCUGUUAGUGUAGGAGAAAGGAUGGUAUUGCAACAGUUUGGAGAGGGAUUCAAUAGAUCGUCUGAUAACAAUCCAUCUGGCACACGCAAUGAGUUGGUUUUUGCGGUUAGAUUUGCACGAUACUUCUAUGCAUAUGGUAGUUUUGUGAGUGGUGGAUUUGCUUAUUAUGUUGUUGUCGACGAUCAACCUGUUAGUGCACGAGCUAUAAGACUGUUACGUGUGUGCAACAUGCCUGAUUGUGGCGGCCCAAGUACCUGUGGAAUGAAUGCUUUGUAUGAACUGGGAUUCAAUUGCGGUUUUCAGUCGAUCACUGGAUAUACUCAUGUGUGUGCAGUAUCGUUUGUGGAGGACUUCAGUGGAAUAUCUGGACCCACUGCUGUGGUAAAUAUUUGCUUUGGCAAUACUAACUCUAUUUGUGUUGUUAAUAUCACUGCUGUCAAUGAAGCUAUGGAUGCUAAAUAUGACUCUUGUAUUGUGUCACGGACUGUUGGAGAAGAAAUUGGUUUAGCAUGGAAAACAGGCUCAGAUAACUGCUCUACCCUGUCUCAGCCUCAGGUAACUGGGGACAAAUGUGACACACCCAGUCCAGUCGGUCUUCUCAUCCCAAAUGGUGGUAUUGACAUAAUAGCACCAGUUCGUAUUAACUAUGGAGACAGUCUUGUCGCCUUAGCUUCAGUAGCUGUGAAAGUGGAGCAGUUUUCCUUUGUGUUUGUGGCAACUGGUGAUUCAAGGAUAAUCGGAUACGAUGUCAGUGGUACAUCGACCCUGGGCACUGACAGCACUAACAGUACAUUCUACAAUCAGCCAGUGUCCUCCAAUGUAUUUCAUUUGUCAUGGCAGGAGGGACUGAACUACAUCACAGCAGCCACUACAGACACUGUAUUCCAAGUACCCAUAGAGGAGUGUUCCCAGCGUACUAACUGUACCAGUUGUACAAGUGACCCCAACCCGCUGUGUGGGUGGUGUGUGGUGGAGAACAGCUGCUCUCGUCAGACGCAAUGUCAGAACUCCAAUCUCUCCAGUAGAUGGACACAAGAUAAUACCAACUGUUUUAAUGCUGCUACUGUGGACCCUAUGCAACUUGUGCUUGACCCUGCGGUUCCUGAGAGAAAGCUCACGGUGACCCUGCCUGACUCCCUGCCUGAUCUCUUGCCUGGAGAGAACAUCUUUUGUCAUUUGGCAGACAGUGAAGGACGUUUCCCACCCAUCAUAGUACCAGCUGUUGAGGUCACCCCGGGAACAGUGUUCAGUUGUGUUAUUAUUCAAGGACUGGUACUGGACUAUCCUGGAGUGACUGCAACCAUCAACCUGGGCUUUCAGAGCUCUCUGUUCAAUGAGUCAUUUGAUAUCACCAACCAAGCACUUACCAUCUACCAGUGCUCAGCAGGAGAAAGCUGUAAGGAUUGCCUCGGGCUCAACAGUCCUUGUGGAUGGUGUAACCUCAACAAGCAGUGCAGUGGAACAUCAGCUCCUUGCAGGAAUGCAUCUCACUUCCUACAAGUGUCUGGAGGCAAUGACUUCACUGCCGAGUGCCCUCUGUUGGACACGCCCCCCUCUGGUGUGUACACUCAACCAGUAAGGGUGGCACAGGACCUUCGACUGACCACCAGGAACCUUAUCGCCCCCACGGAUGGCUUCGUGUAUUCGUGUAUUGUGAACGGAGUUAGUCUGACAGCUCAGUAUGAGAACGAGAGCUCCAUCCUGUGCACAGUGGGCAGUGGGAAACUCACUCUUUCCGCUGGAGCCGCCAGUUUUUCCGUAGUUGUUAUGGUAACUUGGACAGGGAAUGACGUCAACCACACACUGAGCAACACCAUGCAACAAAUUGCAGUUACGUUGUAUGAUUGUCGUGAAUUGGCCAAUGGAUAUUCAGAAUGUAUUGCCGCUAGAAUGGGAUCAAAGUUCGCGUGUGGGUGGUGUGAGGGUACUUGUGAAGUGAUGCAAGAGUGCUCAAACAUUUUCGUUGAUACUGAAGGGGAAAAUUCCCCUGCCCCUGUCAUCGACUCAUUCACUCCAAUGUCGGGUCCAGUUGAAGGUGGUACAGCAAUCACUGUGAUGGGCAAUGACCUCGGAGGGACUUUUGCUGACAUUCAAAAAUCUGCCCUAACAUUAGGAGGUGUGGCCUGCUCUCCCCUCAACAUUAUUUUUAUACCAUGGCAUCAGUUUGUCUGUGAGACCACCAACUUUGUAACCGGAGGGCCUAAUUACUUCUCUCUGACCAUUGGGUCUAGAGUAGCCAUCGUAAGCGCUGGUUCCUUCACUGCAGUAGAUCUUACUGUCAGCAGUGUGACUCCGACCUUUGGACCCAUGGAUGGGGGAACUGCAGUGGUUGUGAGGGGGACUGGACUGGACGUGGGUAACCAGGAGGACACUAGUGUCUCUUUGGAGGUCAGCGGGUCAAGACACGUCUGCAACAUAUUAUUUAUCCAGUCUGAGGAAAUUCAUUGCAGGACCUCAGCAGCAAACCUCACUUCUGCUGUAUUAGUGGUGGUGUCCAUUGAUGCAGCUAGAGUCAGCAAUCCAGGAGUGGUCUUCAGUUAUCGUAACAAUCCCAAUGUAACUGCCGUGUUUCCCAGCAACACCAUUCCCAGUGGAGGCAUCACACUGACAUUUACUGGACUUAAUUUGGACGUGGUGCAACAAUCUGUGUUGGAGGUUUAUCAGCCAAUGAGGUCUCCUCUGAGGAGCAACUGCAGUGCUGUGGACAACACAACCAUCACAUGCUCCACUCCUACCCUGAAGACAGCCUCACUGACCCCAUUGGACUACGCUCUAAUGUUUGACGAUGUCCCACCCACCACACAAGCACGUCUCCCCAUCAGCGUCCAAUCAGAUCCAUCCAACUUUAGAUUAGAAACCUCACAAGAUAUCACCAGUGGCACAGAGACCCUCAUACGCAUUGCGGGUGAUAAUCUCGACUCAGUGGAGACCAGUGAGAUACGAGUGACAGUGGGAGGUGAGGAGUGUGUCAAGACACCUGGCAGCUUGAGAGGGAGUGAAGUCAUCUGUACCGCCCCCUUGGAGCCACCAAAAAGAGAAAACCCAGCCAUUAUACAAGUGACUAUUGGGAGCAAUAUUGCUCAAGUAUUAGACCAGCAACUGACGUACACAAGUACUGUGGCUGCUGAAACUUCACUGGAGGUCAUCAUCCCGAGUGUUUUUGGGGGGGCUAUAGUGGUAGUGUGUGUAAUGCUGAUCAUCUUUGUCAGUUUCUAUCUCAACUCUCGGAAGAAGACCGUGUCAAUUGCUAUGCACGAGCAGAUCAUGGAGCUCGUAGCUAAUAGGAGAAGUCAGGAGGUAGAUCUAGUAGACGGCAAUACUGCACUCGUUAAAUCAGAACUUGUUGAGAUUGCUGAGUCCAUCCCAGACUCAAUCAAAAUAGUUGCCUCAAAAUUGAAGCUCUCCAGUACUGCAAUCGGACAAGGUGAAUUUGGCAUUGUGUACAAGGGCGUCCUGACAGAUUGGAACAAUGUACCUAUGCAGGGGGUGGCUGUGAAGACACUAAAAGGUCUGUUCUCAUUGUCAGAUGUUCAGAGCAUGGUGUGUGAGGUGAACAAGAUGCAGGACUUCGACCAUCCUCACGUCAUGUCCCUGAUUGGGGUGUGUCUAGAUGCUGGUCCCGGCAUUGCCAUAGUGAUGCCAUAUAUGGCCAAUGGGAGCCUCAUUGGCUAUCUCAAGAGAGAGAGGAGCAGUCUGGAGCUGGACAUUGACUGUGAAAUUGAUCAGAUUCUGGAAGUAAGGAAAUCACUUCUAAAGAUGUGCCGUCAGAUAGCACUGGGAAUGGCCUACUUGGCUGAGCAGAAGUUCGUCCAUCGAGACCUUGCAGCCAGAAACUGCAUGCUGGACUCGGGAGGGUGCAUCAGGGUGGGGGACUUUGGUCUGGCUGAAGACGUCUAUGCUAGUGGCUACUUCAGACAGAACGACCGAGCCAAUGUGAAGCUGCCCUUCAAAUGGAUGGCCUUGGAAAGUCUCAACGAUGCCAUCUUCACAGAGAAAACCGAUGUGUGGUCAUAUGGUGUGACUGUGUGGGAGGUAUUCAAUGGAGGAAGGACUCCCUACCCUGCCGUGGACCCGUUGUCCCUCAUCCAGCUGCUGGGGGAGGGGCAGAGACUCAAGAGACCUAUCAACCCAGCCUGUGCCACCGAGAUUUGUGAAUUGAUGCGUCAAUGUUGGAAGGAGGAUCCCGAGGAGAGGCCAACCUUCUCACAACUGUCCGCCAUUUUGGAAAGGCUACUGACUUCCAUUUCUGGCUAUACUGAGCUCGGUAUGGUGCUACUGAACACAAUUCAAGAGGUGGAGCAGCUCAAAUGUGACUGUGAACCCACACUUACUGAUCAAAAAGACGCUCAUCGCUAUGUCGACCCUCCGUCAGGUUAUCCGCUAACAAUUAAAAACAGAAUGUACGACCUCAGCUAGGGAAGAAAUUAAUUACUACCACAGCUAUAACUAUAAUAGUUAUGAGGUAAAGGCCGAAUGUACGUUGUUUCCGGUAGAGUAGUAAUACAACUCGAUAAUUGGUGUUACCAUUAGAUACUUUAUACAUCAUACAUGUACACAUGCAUGCAGUAUCAAAGUGUUUACACAAUGCAAUGGUUGUUUGCCAUUUUAAUUAGCGUACCUUUCAUAAUACAUGAUACAAGGAAUUCAUUCCACAAUGAUAAGGUAAUUUCUAUAGCAGUUGUAUGUCUACCCUAACCUCUGCAAACAGUUUAACUGUGCAUGCAUGUCUUCUUGGACAACUUUUUCUCCAGUUCACUGACUUUUUACGGCACUGUGAAGUACAGUAGUAUACAUUGGGUGAGUACAUGCAUUGGAAAAAAUUUUUGAACUAGAUCUAGCAUAGUUUACACAGCACAAGAAAACAUCAUCACUCCCACAAGGUACAUUUAACAAACAUGUUGACCUCCUGGUGACUAUGCAUGUGUACGACGUAUUAAAACGUAGCAGGGAAAGGGUUAAAGCAUGUGCAAUAUUGUAUGAGCAAGUGUGUACAUAGUCACCAGGAGGUCAACGUGUUUGUUAAUGUUUAAACUACGCUAGAUCUAGUUCAAAAUUUGUUUUCCAAGAAUGAACAUCCAAAUAUAGCCUGUCUUUGUGUGGCUACAGCUGAUACCUCCGCAUCAACAGGAGCACAUGUACCUUGCACAGUGGUAAAUAAAUGUCACAGAUAGCAUGCACACAAGUUGCUAAAAUGCGAGGCAUGUUGUAAAAUUUCCCUUACCCCUCGUGAUAGUGCAAAUUUGGGUGCGCCCGUCUCCAAAAUUUGUGACAAGGCUUUUUAAGGGGGAGAGGCGGCAAAAGCUCUAACAUCCCUAACUGAGGUUCGAAAAAAGGCCGUGUUCUUAGAUUUUAGGGUCUCCUGAGACGUUAUGUGGCAGGUUCAGUAUUCGGUAUAGCCGAGGGUGUAUAAGGUACCAAUUACGUCGUAAUGUGUCAUCCUGCAGUUCCAAGAGAUUUCUACUUUGAGGCUGCUGAAAAUGUUAACCAAAAGGGAGGGGGUUUCACUAGGGUAUUGGGUUUGGCUGGGUGGCUUACCAAGGGAGGAAAAGGAGACCAAAAUUUAGGGCAGAAAUCUGCACAGAGUCGAGCGAGGUAGCAAAGUUGAAAUUUUAGCGAGGAAAAUUUUAGCGAGGACGUAAGCAGUUAAACAAGACCAUGCACAUAAUUAUCAUAGCUCAGCUCAUUUAUAUAUAACCUCUGGCAUGCUAUAUAUUGGUUACGUUUUGUGUUUGUAUAGCUCUUUCCUUGGCAAUCUGUUGUAGAAAUUACAACAACGGUAACGAAUCGUUAUGAUGAAUUAGAUGAAGUUGUAUGUGAGCUCCUCCCUGACAAACAAACUGUAGUCUAGGUAACGGCCUUAUCAGUCAAGUAGGCUAAAAAUCUGUGUCCUUUGAUGUAAGCUUUGAUGUCUCUUUGUGCAUAUGUAGUUAAAAAAAAAAAAGAAACCUUUGACUAGCUAGGAAGAGUAGCAGCAGUAGUAGUAGGAAGAGUAGCAGUAGUAGUAGCAGUGCAAGCAGGACUAGACUAGAUUAAAAAGUUGGUGGAAAGAAUAACUGACCGUUUGGACGUCACCUGGCUGCCAGACUUUCAUCUCGACUCUUCCCCCUGAGUAGCUGGCCUUUCUCUAAGCCACAAAACUGAGCAAGAAGCUGAAGAAGCAGCUAGACAGAGACAUGUACCUAGCCUUGAGAAUUGGGAGGCGUGGCUCAACUAGUUAGCCCAGCCCAGAGGAAUUGUUACUGUGGAAGUAGGGCUACCCCUGGCUUUACUGAAUUAACUAGCUGUGUCUGCUGUCUAGUUGGACCAGAUUUAGCUAGAUAAUGGGGUAGAGAAUAGUUGAGCGGUGCUGUGUGUAGCUUGAACUGUACUGGCUGGCAAGAAUCUAGUAAGCACCCUAUGCACUGAUAACUGGUCAGAAUGGAGGGUAUGUUCUAGGUAGAGAUGUCAGACGGGAAGUAGUGCGUGGGCGUAUUUUCGUACAGUAAUUCAAUGGUAAAAAACGGGACCAGAAAGUGAGUGAACAAGAAGGGCUUUCCGCAAGCCCUGGAAGAGUCUAGCAAACAACAGCUGUUCCCAGGGGUAAAAAAUAGCGUACAAUUUGAUUUUUAUAACAGUUUUUUAUGAUUUUAGCAUUUGAUGCUUGUUUUGUGUGUGAUUUUUUCUCAAAGGUGAUCAUCAUUUUGGCAACCAAAUAUGAAAAUGAACAAAAACACAAGUGAGCAUGUCUUUCAUCUCUAACUCUCUCCAGAUUAUGCAAAAAGUUGCUACAAUAAGCUUUUAUUUCUUGCGGAAUCACAUAUUGCAUGGAUAGCCUCGAUCCCAGGCCGAGUUUUCGCUUUUAUAACGGUUAGGCGAACAACUGGGCCUGGUACUAGUUGUCUGCGCAUGUGUCAAUCGUUCGUCAGAUUCUGACGAAUGGAUAUUCUCGUUCACUUUCGUGACAUUUAUAUUCGUGUACUAUCGUGUACUAGAAGUCAGUUCCCGUUUUAUCAUUAUUGGAAUCGAUUGGAAUGGCUCUUAGCUGAAGCUUCUCUCUUCUCUGAAGCUUAUUCUGAAGACUGAACAACAAGGGAAGAGGUAUAAAGCUUUGUCAAGCUUGUUAAGGUCAGAUAUUUUUGUGUGGGCCCUAUGGCCGGCUAUGCUAUCAAGUCUUGUUCAUGUUUGGCAAGAAUAUCGAAUGUAGGUAGACUAUAGUUUCAUCAUUAAUAUGGUGGAUCAAGUGAAGAGUGUGAGCUAGAGAACUUGGUGCUGCCAUCAUCAGCUCGUCGACAAUGACACUAUAACCGAGAAAUUUAAUAUGUAUAGAUCUACACGUAUUUAAAAUGUCUACUUCUCUGUACAGGAGCAAUGGCUAAUAUCCAGCUAUCCCAACAGUGCUCCUCUUGGCUAUACUAACGGACGAGACUGGACAGUUUGAGACACAGGACUGGAGUAUGACCUGCUCAUUCGAGCGUUGCUGGGUAGCUCAGAGACAUCAAGAGAAUCUACGUUUUCUCAAGCAAUGAGUUACGAGUUGGGGCCUAGAAUCAGAGAAGUCCAGCAGCCUGCUAAAUCUUUUUGAAACGUAAUUUAAAGGCAUUCAAUCAUCCUGAAGUUGCCCUGGGUCACUGUAAUUGUGCUGCAGCACAACUGGCAACUCCCCAGGCCUUUGUGAAGCAGCUCCCUAUGUGCAUCUUUUGUGUACUCACUCUGUGCAUUUUCUGUGUACAAAUUUCCAUUAUUGAUUUAUUAAAUAUUUUUGCCGACCACAAA